UAUGUUAUCAGAGAUGACUAUCUAUACAAUAUUUAUGUAUAAGUAUAACAUUACUAUUAUGUGUUCCGCCGUCGUGCGUUAAUAAUAAAUAAGUCAGUUGUGCCUUGUCAAUGCGUGUAAUACGUGCUCUCUAAUUCCUAAUACAAAUGCGUAACAGAUACUAGAUAGUAAAUUAGUAACUAGUAAGGCGAAUAAAAAUUAAAUACCAAUAUUGCAUAGUAUCAUUAUUCAUUGGUGAUGGUGCUAAUGAGUUACUUGAUACAUUGGGAUUAACUGAUAAAACUGUGAGACAUAUUAUUUGAGGGAUUGGAGACAUAUUGAGUUCCACAGAAAAUCCUUAUAAUCAAACAGUUACAGAACCAUAUUAAUUAUUAUCAGGUGAGAUUUUUGGUCACGUUGUAAUUGAGUUAAAAAAACAACCGAAAAAGUGUGACUUUGGUGAGUUAACUAACAAUUUACUCAGCCUUAGAAUAUUUUUGGCAUUUAAGACAAGGAAUUACUAGAAAUGCCAUCACAGGAACAAAAUUUAAUACUAGACCAUACAAUUGGAUGUUGUAGAGGCUGAAGCAGCAAGGCAAAACUAAACUGUGUAGUAAUCGCUGAAUGUGAAACAAACUACUGUGCUCUAAAUCAAUGGUAGACUCUGUUUCAAGUAAGUAACAAGGCUAAUAAGAAGUGGAACAUUAAGUGUGGAAGAUGUCAUCAGUGCGAAAAGAUAAGACAUUUUUCAAAUAGUUUAAUUGAAUUCAAAUGUUCAUAUUAUGUUCUGAUAAAAGUUUAACACCACCCUGUGACUACCAAACUAAGAAAAAUGGCAUGAAAAAGUUUCCAGAAGAUCCUGAAAACUGGAAUCCAAUACAGUUAUUAAACCAAAUGAAACCUGGUAUACAAUAUAUUGAAACUCAAAUCAGUUUAUGUCCAUCAAUUUUCCAUGUGAGCUUUAAAACUGGCGAUCUUUUCUUCUUAGGCCAAGGAUCAUUGAAAAAAGAAGCCAAGAUGAAUUGCUGUAUUGCAGCUAUCAAAUAUUUUUACGGAUUUGAUUUUCAUGCUAUAGAAGAUGAUUAUUCAUUCACUAAGAAAUAAACAUAUUAUUUAUAAUAAUACAGUGUAUUCACACAACAGGUACCAAUAAAUAUUUUAGUUUUAUUACCUUGUUUUAGAACUAAAGGGAAUAUCAAAUUACAUGUUUGACGAAAUUUAAAAUUUUAAACAGUAUGUGCAUGUGCAGGACAACUUACAUUUUUUUAAACAGCAACGCCAUUUUUAUUUUUGGAUAAAUAAUUUUUUUUAAUGAUUUUUGAUACAUUUCUAUUAAUCUAAACAUAAUUUGUGGUUAUUGUAAAAAAUAACUUUACAGAUUGUACAAUAAUUACUAUAUUAAAAAAAAAGAUAAAAUGUUGAUACAAAAAGUUUUUUUCUAACUAUAAAAUAGACAAAGUUGAGUAAUAAACUGAAAUUUGAAUUUAUGUAUAAUCUAUGUUUAAACUACUUUCAACUUAAAUUCGAAAAUCAAAAUAAUAUCUGAUAUUAACAAUAUUACAAUAUUUCCAUUGUAGAUAAAUAAGUUGUAAAUAAGCACUUAUUUGUUUUCAUAAUAAUAUCAGACAUAAUUUGGAUUUUGGAGUAGAAGUUAGAAAUAAUUAUUACAUUGAUCAAAGGCAAUCAAUUGAAAUAUUUAGUUGUAUUUCUUAGC